CUGACACAGUUGCCAACCUUUGGCCGGAGAAGAGGCUAGGGUAGAAGUCUUCGGGGGAUGACUUGCAGAAUGGUGAUCUCACCGUUCGGUGAUUUUACGGCAGAGAUAUUGGACACAUCAGAAUCAGGAUCACCCUGAGGCAGCUUGUUUUUGUGUGGUAACAGGUUGCAGGUUAACGGGAGCCCGAGCAGAGCAAAUCCAAAGGAGCUACUUCAGAAAUGUGUCCAAGAAAGGUGGAAAUGAAACACAGCGGUGAAUGAGAAGGGAAGGAAGACAGCAAAAGGACGAAACGGCCAACUGGACGGGCAAGGAACAGCUGAUCAGAAUUGCAUCUAAGAUGAUUUAUGGAUUCUGGAGAAAAUGUAAGUUAAAUAUAUCUACACUCUGAUCAGCUCUUGAGAGACAUUUCCCUCACUUUCUGGUCUUGAAUGAUGGUCUCUUGGAAGCAUUGUCUUUUUACCGUGUCUCUUAUCACUGCCCUGAUUUUUGUCUUUGUUUACAAUAACGAGUUAUGGGAGGAGAAGCAUUUUCUGAAGGCAUCUCUGUCCAAUGCUUCGCUGUUAGCAGAAGUCUGUCAUCAGAUUUUUAAGGGGAAGGUUUUUUACCCAGGAGAGAAUGCUUUGAAAACUACCCUCAGUGAAUCUACCUGUUAUGAGUACAUGGCUCAAAGUCACUAUAUAACAGAAACACUAUCGGAAGAAGAAGCGGGGUUCCCUUUGGCAUACAUGGUGACCAUCCACAAAGACUUUGGCACUUUCGAGAGACUCUUUAGGGCAAUUUACAUGCCCCAAAAUGUCUACUGUGUUCACGUGGAUGAGAAGGCGACCGUUGAAUUUAAAGAUGCAGUGGAGCAAUUACUGAGCUGCUUCCCAAAUGCUUUUCUGGCUUCCAAGAUGGAACCAGUAGUCUAUGGGGGGAUCUCCAGGCUCCAGGCGGACCUGAACUGCAUGAAAGACCUCGCGGCGUCCGAGGUGCCGUGGAAGUACGCCAUCAACACGUGUGGGCAAGACUUCCCCCUGAAAACCAACAAGGAGAUAGUUCAGUAUCUGAAAGGAUUUAAAGGGAAAAACAUUACCCCGGGGGUGCUGCCCCCCGGUCACGCUAUUGGACGGACGAAAUACGUCCACCGGGAGCUAUUAAGCAAAAAAAAUUCCUACGUGCUUAAAACAACGAAAUUAAAAACUCCACCUCCUCACAACAUGACCAUUUACUUUGGCACUGCUUAUGUGGCCCUCACAAGGGAGUUUGCCAACUUUGUCCUCCAAGACCAGCAUGCACUUGACUUGCUUUCCUGGUCCAAGGACACUUACAGCCCCGAUGAACAUUUCUGGGUGACGCUCAAUAGGAUCCCAGGUGUCCCUGGUGCCAUGCCAAACGCAUCCUGGACAGGUAACCUCAGGGCUAUAAAGUGGAUCGACAUGGAAGAUAAACACGGAGGCUGCCAUGGCCGCUACGUACACGGCAUUUGUAUCUAUGGAAACGGAGACUUGAAGUGGUUGAUCAAUUCGCCCAGCCUCUUCGCUAACAAGUUUGAGCUUUCCACAUACCCCCUCACCGUGGAAUGCCUAGAACUGAGGCUUCGAGAAAGAACCCUAAAUCAGAGUGAAACAGUAAUACAGCCCAGCUGGUAUUUCUGAUCCACCGUAACACGUGCUCGAUGGGCCCUCACAGCUGGGAAAAAGAGCCUUUCUUUGUGGGAGAACUUUGCCUUGCUUAUGCUGGAAUGAGUUUGUGGCUGCAAGACCUGACCAUGUUAUUCUACGUGAAAACAUCCAUGGACACUGUGAACUCCGCUAUCAGGAUGGCUGCACAGGGCGAUGGUGACAUUUUGGCCACACUGGCGGCCUCCUGAUGCGCCUUCUAUGUCGGGCUACUGCUCUGAUCAGUGAUAAAUUGGACUGAUGUCAGACCUUUGCACCAGAUCAGAUACUCAUUUUAGAGAAAUGUUAUCCUGAAAAGGAGAACUGUAGAUAAUGCUGUUUAGGAAAAUAGGAAUUGUGUUUCUUUGAAGGAAUCUUCUAUGACACAUCUGUAGCCACACGUUCGUGGACACCGCUCCUCUUUGCUCAGCCACACGUAGGCAUAGAAACAACUUUCUGGGCAACUCAGCAACUCCUUUAAAACUUCAGCUACCAGAAGGGAGAACUAGAUCUUGUUCCCAAGUUUCAGCAUUAGCAUUUCCAGUUUACUGUGUCUGAAGUCCUGUAUAGAAUGUAAAGUCUUGGACAGGAGGCAGGAUAUGCUUUCGGGCAUCGGCUACUGCUUCCUGCUUCAGCAAAGGCAUCCCAGGGAAACAGGACAUUUCUUGUUGGGUGUCAGAAUGUGGGCUAGUCCUUCUGCCCUUGCUUUCCACGGAGAACGCUGAAAUGUUCCCACAGAAUGAAGAUAUUUCUAGAAGAGAGGUGCUAUUGCAUGAAUCUUGUCCUGAGUCUCUAACCUCAGAAUGAAUCACUUUCCUCUUCGGUCACCACCCUCCACCCCCACCAAAGUGAUCUUACCUGCAAAAUGGAGUCCAAAUUCUAUGCCCUGAGGCUUUAAGGACUCCAGAAUAUUCUCCGAGUAGCUUAUUCUCAGAGAGUAUUCUCUGAGUAGAUUUACAGUGCUUAGUGCUAAUAAGAGCAUCCAGAUUUUUAAGAGCUUUCCAUUGUGAGUGAGCAUCUGUGUCACUGAUCCCUUGUCCCAUUCCUUCUCCAGUUCAUUCAUUCAGCAUGCAGUCAGUAAGUAUUUCUUGAGUGCCUGUUGUACCCCAGACCCGUGUUUGACACGAGGAGAAAAGGGAAGACAGAAGCUUUUUCACUCUAAAAUUCUUGGUAAAUAGCAUCAGCGUUGGAAAGGCUGCUCUGGAGAAUCUCAUGGAUUGCUUGUAAUUUAACGCAUUCACAUGCAGAGUUUAGAUUGGGAUAGCAAGCCAAGAAUAUGAGUAAGUAGAAAUCGAGGUCUAGGGGCACCUGGAUGGCUCAGUCGGUUAAGUGUCUGCCCUCAGCUCAGGUUAUGAUCCCAGAGUCCUGGGAUUGAGCCCCACGUCAGUCUCCCUGCUCACCGGGGAGUCCACUUCUGCCUCUCCCUCUGCCCCCCCCCCCGUUCUCUCUCUCUCAAAGAAAUAAAGUCUUAAAAAAAGAAAAAAGAAAUUGAGGUCUAAAUCAGAGAUCAUUCCAAAGGGAGAAGGGAAGGAAUAGACAAGCUAAAGCCUGUUGUGUUGUAGGCAUCCUGAUAGCUCCCUUAUGGCUCUUUGCAUUAAAACCUUACAACACUCGGGAGACUCACAUGAUUACCUCCAUUUUGCAGAUGAAGUAAGUGAGGCUUAGAGACGUUGUUAAUAAGCAGUAGGAAACAAGUUCUCUGAGGGUUGGGAUGUUCUUACUGGUCUCUUUAGUUCGAUUUCCUGAGAUGGAAUACUUAGAGAAGGUGAAAUAAAGCCAUACUUAGUAUACCAGAGAGGGUAGGUUUUAAGAGCGGUCUCAGUGUUACUAUGAGAAGAUGUGCUGUCACCUCAGAAAAAUGUGAAGUGUACUUUUGUACUCCUGAAUCCAUGAAGUUCCUUAAUAUUUAUUUAUUCUAACAAAAAAAAAGUUACUAAAACUAAUGAUACCUUUAAUUCACACAAUUUUAUUAUUUUUUCUGUGACAGGGCCUGUUGAAUGUUCAUUGUAUAUAAGGGAAUGCCUUUGAAGUAAAGCCUUUUUUUCCUGCUACUGAAAAAGAUGGAGCUGUACAGAGCGGUGAAGGCUUGACAUGUAGGGAACACACCCAGAGCUAAUGGCGGAGUCUAAAACUUGAUUGUCUUUCUUCUUUCAACUUCUUUAAAUGACCCUACCCGAGAAGAAGAAAUGUUUUACACUGGAUCUUUCUCAUCUAGAACGAGAACUCUUUCAGAAUAGAAGAUGUUUACAUGUCUGUUGCUGGUCAUCUCUGUAACUUAAAUACUUUAAUAUUGAAAAAUUAUAGUGUUUGGGAGAGUGGGUUUCUGCUAGCCCAUGGGAGUGGCUGAAACUACGAAAUCCGUCCUUGAUUGCAAUGGUGGUCCAUGUUGUUUUGGAAAUAAAUUAAUAUAUUGUU